GACACGUGAACUGGAAUGCCAUGACAUUGUAGUCCGAUGUAGAUAUGCACGUGGUAGCUGGUCGGUGGUUCACACACACAAUACCAAUUUCCAGAACAGCGGACACAGGAAGGGAACGAAGAAGGGAAGGAGGGAGUUCGACACGCGACACUGAGCUUAGCGCUGACGCAGUUGAGCAAGGAAGUGCGAACGGCGAACUAGGUGCGUUCUCUUGCGACGGCAGCAAUCGAUCUUUCAAUCUGCAGCAUCAGCAGCAGCAGCAGCAGCAGUUAUAUCUUCCGACACUGACCGACAGGACACCAGGACUCGAUCUCUCUUCAGAUCUGCAGCAGCAGCAGCAACAGCAGCAGCAGCAGCAGCCGCAGCAGCAGCAGGAGCAGUUAUAUCUUCUGUCAGGACAGCAGAGGAUUCGGUCUAUCUUGCGAUCUGCAGCAGCAGCAGCAGCAGCAGAAGCAGAAGCAGAAGCAGCAGCAGCAGCAGAAGCAGAAGCAGAAGCAGAAGCAGCAGCCGCGGUUGUUGAAAGAGUUAACAUACGAAAGUGGUCAUAGUACUUCAUACAAAGCUGUUGCGUUCGGCUGGAGCAGGCGGGCAUAGUAUGUCCCCUACGGACCCCCAGGACUCCAGGGGGGUACCUACCUAACUGGUGUGUGUGUUGACGUGACGACAAGAAAAGUCAACGCAAGUCUGACCAAUCGAGCAAGACCACAUAACUGACGUGACGACAAGAAAAGUCGACGCAAGUCUGCCCAAUCGAGCAAGACCACAUACUGGUAUGGCUAAGCACGGCGAAGGUAUGAGCCUAUGAGCCUUAUGAGGAAAAGCAUUCUCGAAUGGAAACGCAAAAUAUCAUCGUCGCAAGCGCGAGAGUCACAUAAGUGGACUGGGAGCCAUUGGUGACUCUUGUGAGUGAUCGAUCGGGCAGAGUGUAGAAGACUUGAAGCUUGAAGGUUGAAGGUUGACGGUUUACGGUGGGCAUCCCUUGCUCGGCGGGGCUGGAACAGGCGUGGUCCCCACCACUCGGCGCUUGCGAGGUCCGUCUCGGUGCUUACGGUUAUAACUGUGUCUCUUUGUUGUUGCGUGAGAAGCAAAGGAUAGACUAAGUUUGGAUUCUUUGUGACUGAGUUCUUUGUGGUCCCCACCACGGCGGAGUAUCAGAGUUCGAGUCCCGUUGGAGUUGGAGAUCACCCCAUCGGGCCAUCGCUUUUUUUUUGGGAAGAGGCCUCCUGCUGAGGAAAGGGGGGCGACGAGAGGUGUCCGCAUCAUCGACUCAUCGAGUCUGCAAGGGUAAAAAAUUAUAAAGGGGGGGAGAAAAAUGCCGGCGAAGAUGAAGGUGAGAGUGCUGUUCUUCGCUAUGGCCAAGGAGUUGGUGGGGAGAGAAGGACUUAACGUGGAGUUGGAUGAGGGUACAGACAUUGCACGCCUUGUUAAGCUGCUGUGUAUCAAGUUCCCGGGACUCAAAUCAAUAUCGAAAAACGUG